UUCCAUCCAAACAAAUCCUAUUUUCUCUCGCUUUCCCCUUCAACCAAGGCAAGUUUGGCUGUGUUAUUCUACAAAUGGCGUUGUCAAAACGGAGCUUAGGCAAAAUAUAAACAUUUGAAAACCUUUUUUUUUCCUUUGGAGCUGUUGGUUUUUGGUUUUUUUUCGUAAAAUCUACUUCAAUUCCACCUUCCCGUUUCUUCUCCGUUUCAAAACCCCAGUUUUAAAACAUUCUUGUUUCCCACUACUAUCUUUUUCUCUGCUAUAUUUAUCAGAAUUCAGUAGUCUUCCCUUCCCACGUCUUCAGUUCACACGCUUUCCUGCCUUCGCUUCUCUAUAUAUUUGCCACCACCAACGCUCUCUUCUCCCUAUCUCUUUUAUCUUCAUAAAUCCUUAAUCGACUCUCUUUGUUAGUUUUUUCCUUUGCUCUGUAAUUAUAGUAAAGCAAAGAUGGCUAAACUUGCGACCCUUUUCGUCCUCACCCUCCUCCUUGUUUCCACUAUAUCCCUUGCAGCCCGUUCUGGCCCAGCUUUCCCUAACGAUUCUCCUACAAAAACCCAGGCUGAGGGUACUGUUGGGACAGAGCAGUCGGCUGAGGCACUUGAAGAUAGCUGUGAAGGAGUUGGAGAAGAAGAGUGCUUGAUGAGAAGAACCCUUGCUGCUCAUAUUGACUAUAUCUAUACUCAGAAGCAGAAGCCAUGAGACUUUUUCUCUUCUUGUUUUUAACUACGAAUUUAUUAUUAUGCAUGUUAAUUAUCUUAUAAUUAAUAACGUAAUUAGUCAGGUUUUUCUAUUUUUUCUGAAGUUAAUAAAAUAAUGACUUCGGUAAAUUUUAAUGGAAGAACUUUGUUUUGAGAGAUGUUUUUUUCUCAACACUAAGAUGACCAUUGACUGCUCUGCCUCUUUGCACAAGGGAGAAAGAUUAACAGUUGAAAUGUGUCAACCAACUUAACUAUUUCGUAAUUAAAACUUGCACUUGUAUCAAGAAAUAAUUAGGCUCAAUUUCAUAGGUUGAAAUUUGUAUUAAGAGGAUAAACACCUUUUGUCUUGCAAUUUUAGCUUAA